AUGCUUGUUCUCGGCCUUCCGUUUUCUCUUGAGCUGGUACUGGUAUUAUUCAUUGGAACCGUUGCAUACUCGAUUGUCCGUUACGUCCGCAGUCCAUGGCGUCGCUUGCCUCCUGGACCGAAAGGCUUUCCUGUGAUCGGUAAUAUUUUACAAUUACGCGACAAGCAGUGGACAACCUUUACUGAACUCAAGCGUUCAUUCGGAGACCUCAUGUAUCUCAACGCCGCCGGUCAGCCCCUCAUGGUCAUCAACUCCCAGAAAGUGGCAGCCGACCUCCUUGAUCGUCGUGCCGGCAAAUCUUCCGGAAGGCCACCUCUAAUUGUUGCGGAUGUACUCACAGGUGGUAAUGUGAUCGUCUUCCUUGGAUACACCGACGUCUGGCGCAGAAUGCGUAAAGCUACUCAUGAAGGAUUUAACAAGGCUGUGGUACACCGAUAUCACCCCGUGCAGUUCGCAGAAGCCAUCCUGCUCACAACGGGCAUCUGUGCUCAGCCACAACAGUGGGAUGCACAUUUCAGACGCAGCGCGGCAUCAUCCAUCAUGUCUAUAGUCUAUGGAACCCCGCCAGUAACGUCGGAAAAUGAUCCCUCCGUGAAAAGUGUCAAUGACCAUGUCGCACGCUUGACUCGCGCGAACAUUCCCGGCGCUCACCUCGUCGAAGUUUUCCCGUGGAUGCGCUACCUGCCUAGCAGCAUGGCGAAAUGGAAGAGGGAUGCCGAACAGUGGUGCAAGCGUGACUCGAAGAUGUUUGGAAACCUUUUUCGGUCUGUUCGCGAUCGUUUAGUGAAGGGAGAAGCACGAGCGAGUCUUGCUGCGACUCUCAUCGAAGACGCCGGUCGAAACAACCUUACGGAAUCCGAGAAUGCAUGGACAGCUGGAACGAUGUAUGCUGCGGGCGCGGAGACCACAGCCGGUGUCAUGGCCUGGUUCCUUCUUGCGAUGACCGCCUUCCCCGAGGUUCAGCAGCGCGCGCAGGUAGAACUCGAUAUUGUCAUCGGUCGCUCCCGGGUUCCUACAUUCAGCGACUACGAACGGCUGCCCUACAUCCGUGCCAUCGUCAAAGAGGUCUUGCGCUGGCGUCCGGUCGAUCCUGUUGGCAUGCCGCACCGCACCACAGAAGACGACUGGUAUGAAGGAUACUUCAUACCUGCGGGCAGUGUAAUACUCCCGAAUGUGUGGCAGAUGAACCGCGAUCCCGAGAUAUAUGGCGCAGACGCUGCAGAAUUCAAUCCCGCGAGGCAUCUGGACGAACGUGGCGGACUUGCGCCGGCGCCUGUGCAUACGAAAGAGGAAAGUCAUGUCUCAUACGGGUUCGGCCGGCGGAUCUGUAUCGGUAGGCAUGUUGCCAACAACUCCCUCUUCAUCAAUAUCGCUAUGAUGCUCUGGGCGAUGAACAUCGAACGCGCGAAGGAUGAGAAUAGGAGUUUACUUCCUCUCGAUGUCGAUGGUUGCAUCGAAGACGGUCUAGUCGUUCGUCCCGUGCCGUUCCAGUGUCAGAUCAGACCUCGGUUCUCGGAAGCGAUCGUCCUUUUGGAGCAAGAACAAAAGGAACUUGUUUACUACUGA